UGGACAGUUCUGAAGGUUGCUGGUGCUGCUUGAUCUAUGGUCUGCAAGGAAGGCCUAGUUAACAGACUGAAUAGCAAACCCCAGGCGGAAUGGCACUGAUGUUUGAGAUGAUGCUUUCCUGUGACUCUAAGCCCAUUUUGAGUGUUCUUAGUAACCUUUCUCCUCUGCUUUCCAGUUCCUGAAAUGUAUGGGUAAGACAACAUUGUGAAUCCUGGUAAGAAGUAUUCCCAGUUCAGAAACCUGGACACUGUUGAAGUGGAAAGCUGCCACUCUUGCCAUCUGUGUGAAGGCCCAAGGCUCCAGCAUUCUAGGGUAACUCAACUCUGUUCACCUCUCCUGAAGAGAACAGUAGCUGACUACACUCCUAGGCCUGAAUGUGCUGGAGCCUCAAUACUAAAGGGAAACUGAAGCAAGACACUGUUGUAGGCAGAGAGCAGAGCCAAGAAUGAACCUGGCUUGAGCCUAGGGAUCAGUCCUGUGUGAAGGCAGACAAGAGAGGGAGAGACUGGCCCAGGGAGCCAGAGAGAAACAUAGGGAAGGACAGGCACAGCCUAUCCUAGACCACCUCAUCAUGGCCUCCAAGCAGGCUGCAGCCAAGGGCAAGGGGGAGAAGCGGAAGCGAGUGGUGCUGACCCUGAAAGAGAAGAUUGACAUCUGUACUCGGCUCGAGCGUGGUGAGAGCAGGAAGGCACUGAUGCAGGAGUAUAAUGUGGGCAUGUCCACUCUGUAUGACAUCAAAGCUCACAAGGCCCAGCUGCUCAGGUUCUUUGCCAGCUCAGACUCUCGCCAGGCACUGGAGCAGCGGCGUACCCUGCAUACUCCCAAGCUGGAGCACCUGGACCGAGUGCUCUAUGAGUGGUUCCUGGUAAAGCGUGCUGAGGGCAUCCCUGUGUCAGGCCCCAUGCUCAUCGAGAAGGCCAAGGACUUCUACAAACAGAUGCGGCUGACAGAGCCCUGUGUGUUCUCUGGAGGGUGGCUUUGGCGCUUCAAGGCCAGGCAUGGCAUUAAAAAGUUAGAUGCCUCUAGCGAGAAGCAGGUGGCUGACCACCAAGCUGCUGAGCAGUUCUGUGGCUUCUUCAGGAGCCUCGCAGCUGAGCAUGGGCUGUCUCCUGAGCAGGUGUACAGCGCUGAUGAGACUGGGCUGGGCUGGCAGUGCUUGCCAACUUCUGCUCCGGAUGAUGGAACUAUGCCCCGCUUCAAACAAGCCAAGGACAGGCUGACUGUCCUAAUGUGUGCCAAUGCCACAGGCUCCCACAGACUCAAGCCCUUGGCCAUUGGGAAAGGUGGUGGCCCCAGAUCCUUUAGAGGUAUCCAGCACCUGCCUAUUGCUUACAAGGCCCAGGGUAAUGCCUGGGUAGACAAGGAGAUUUUCUCAGACUGGUUCCAUCAUAUUUUUGUCCCCUCGGUAAGAGAGCACUUCAGAACCAUAGGCUUGCCUGAAGACAGCAAGGCAAUUCUCUUGCUGGACCAUUCCCGAGCCCACCCACAGGAGUCUGAGCUCGUGUCAGAGAAUGUCUUCACCAUCUUCCUGCCUGCCAGUGUGACCUCCUUACUGCAGCCCACAGAGCAAGGCAUUCGCAGAGCCUUCAUGAGGUUCUUUAUUAACCCUCCUGUGGCCUUCCAGGGCUUCCCCACCCGCCACAGCAUGAACGAUGCCAUAGUCAAUGUGGCCUGUGCUUGGAAUGCUGUGCCUAGCCGGGUCUUCAGACGGGCCUGGAGGAAGCUAUGGCCUACGACUGUCACAUUCGCUGAAGGCUCCUCCUCUGAGGAAGAAGCAGAGUGCUGCAGCAUCAAGCCUCACAAUAAGACUUUCGCACACAUCCUUGAGCUCGUCAAAGAAGGUCCCUCGUGUUCUGGCAGCAGGCUUCAGAACAGCAGGGCAGAAGAGCAGAGUGUGGCAGGGAGGGACAUGGAUGAGGCCCCUGCUGUUGUGGCCUCGUCCCAGGCCACUGGGCGUGCAGAAAAGGCAGAGAGAGGUGCUGGUGACGACGAUGAUGAGGCAGCCUGGGAGCAGGCAGCCACAUCCUUUGAGGCACUUGUGCGCUUUGCAGAGCAGCAGCCGUGUUUCACCAUGCAAGAAAUGGGGCAGCUGCAGGCGCUGCAUACGGUGUUCAGGAGUCAGCAGCAGUUGAGGCGGGCCCGUGUGACUCUCAGGGCUGUCAUCAAACUCGAGGCUCUUCAAGAGCACCCUGGUGUGUGUGUGGCCACAACCCACUCUGCCUUGCCCUGCUCAUCCGCAUCAAGUGACAACUGAUGAACCUUGCCUGUGCCUGCUGACCCUGCAGCUCUGCUCUGUAGCACGUUCAGCUGUGGGGCUCAGACCGUCUGCUAGGCAGGAGACAAUACUCAGACGAGAGCAAGCAUGACUCCUUGUCUACACAGAGGGCUCCUUGGGUUCUAGCUAGUGGUUUUACUGUAUCUCCUAGGACAGGUGUGCAUUAUUUGAAUGGCAGGAGACCCGUGCCCUAUCCCUCAGUGCCCUGGAGCCUCCCCUAGUUGCAUCCGGGUCCAGUGGGCCGGAUCUGCCUCUGGUGUUGGAAGACUGAGCCACAUUAUCAGGUUGAAGUGCCUUGAAGGGUGUACCUCCAGCCCUCGGGAGGCUGGCUUUCCCCAACCGGUGGACCCUAAGCCGAGUCCUGGGGCACUGGCUUCAGCUCCUGACCUCAGUGCUCACAUCCCCCACUAGUAAUUAGUUGCAUAGUCACAUGCCAUCCUGAACCCACCUCAGCCGUGGGCAAGCCAGCUCAGUGGUGAGAGAGACUCUGUAGUAUCCCUGUCUGCAGCAGGCCCCACCUCUAGGGUCCAGGUUCCAUGGAGACACUCAUGCUAGUUUUAGCUUUGCUCAGAGCCCACCAUGUGUCCUCAAGUCUGUGCUCCCCAGAACUUGGAAGUAACAGCUUUUAUGUGAACAGUUUGCAUGAAGUCACAGCGCAGCACUUGGUGACUCGGAGCUCAACGGAAUAGGCAGGUUAGCAGUACUUGUAUGGAAGACGCUUCUGCACUGCUUGGUUCAGCCAGCUGAACUUAACUUUUCCUGACCUUGGAGCUGAUGGGUAGCACUGUGGUUGUUGGGCCUGUGACUCCCAGAGCCCUUUGUCUGCAGCCAUUAACUCUUUUUCCAUCAUGGCUUUGUCCUUGACCUCCACUGCCUUUGGGAUUCAUGUAGCUGACUUACCACAGUUUUCAUUCCAGUGUUCGACAGCUGCUUUACCAAGAGACUUUUGCCUGUUGGGCCUCUGAGAGCCGGGGAGGACUUGGGGAAUGUUGGUUUGUGUUUCUAUGUCUGUCCAAACAAAGGAUGGCUGUUUCAGACAGCUCUAGUUGUGACUGGAUGUCUUUUUGCUUUACCUGCAUGUGUGAACAUUAUAACCAGGUUGUUUUUAGAAA